AUGCAGAUGUUCUGGGGAAAUGACCUACUGACGGGCCCCCGGGGGUGCAUUACCCGUUUGGAAGUCACUAGCCCUCCCAUUAUUUGGAUGAUUAUUGCCAGACAAGACAAUUGCUUUUGUGUCUUGAAAGGGGCUGACUGGAUCCCAUCUCUUGUCGGGAAGAGGGACCAUGAAUGGGGCCAUCUCUCCAUUUUGGGGAACCAGUGUCUAUCACCUGGAUCAGGGAGACGGAGCGGAAUUAGGGAGAUGGGGACCCUUCCAUUGCCAGUAGAAUAUCACGUCGAAUCCUCCGUAAUCCGGAGGGAAAUCAAGGUUCAGUCCCUUCCUGGCAAAGAGUGGGCGUAUUCCGAUGGGAACUCGGAUGUCGAACCAGCGGGUGUGUGGGCUGGGCUGGGCUCCGUCGUGCCAGACCCAAACAUCAAAUUGGGCUCCGUCGUAUCGAGGGUGGAGACUUUUGGACCCUCUUCGUUUUUUAAAUGGGAAUCCAUCGGCCAGGAAGACUUGUUGUUCAUGAAUUUCUUGUUCACGGCUGGAACGUCAUCUGGGCUUAACGAGCAGAGAAAAAAGGUUCCUGGCCUCGGCAGUCGGUCUCCGUUGGCCGAUACGCCCUGCGCCCUAGGCCAAAGUUCGGCCCCUUCUCGGACAAAGGUUGAAGUAGACCAUAAGUAAAUAGG